AUGUCUAAGAAGCAGGAAUAUAUUGCCAAGAUCAAAUACCAAAAUAAUCUGCCACCUCCGCUUCUGCCACCUAAGCUACUCAAGUACAAAGUGAACGAUGGGGAAGAGCCGGACUCAGCAGAAUUGAUCACUUCGUUGUACAGCAAAACUUCUGUGACACCAUUGGUAAAGCUCAACAAUGACCUGGGGAUGCCUCUGGAUCUGAUGCAAGUUCCUGGACUGCUUAACAACAUGGACACCAAGUAUCUAUACGAACUUGACGGAGUGAAGCUGGCUCAGCAGGACAGAGUGCUGCUGAGAGCACCCGGUGCUGAUAGGAUUCCGAAGACGGAUAUGUCUAAGGUGACGUUUUUAAGACGUACUGAGUACAUUUCGACUGCCAUCACGUCUCAUGGACAUGGAGAGGAAAAGAAGAAGAGGCCAGCUUCGCAGCUAGAUGAGAGCGAAGAGUCCCUGAGUGCCCCGCAGAUAGUUGAAAAGGUUGAAAGCGGUUUUGACGCCAUGACAAAGGACCUAUCACAGUUGCAACAUCCAGUCAAAAAGAAAGUACAUGCUGUGAAGACGUGGAAUCUGUUGCCCGAUACAGCGUCGAUGGACCAAAGCUACUUUACGUUGAAGCUGGUAGGAAGUGCAGCAUUGCAUUCCAGCGAGAAGCAGAAGCUUGCGCUUUCAACGGCUAUUUUCCGUCCGGUGGAGCUGGAGGAGGAUGAGUGGAUCUCGAUGUAUGCCACAGACCCCAAGCACUCAGACGUUCUAUCAAAGAACAUGGAAAAGAAGAUUGAUGACAAUUUACAAGACGAGGAGAAUGAAGGUAAGAUCUACAAAUUCAAGAGAUUGCGGGACUUUGAUAUGAAGCAGAUACCACGUCAGGGACACGCUGGCGACUUCGGCGAAUUGGCUUUAGUUCUGAACGACGAGAAGGGCAUCGCUUACUAUAGACCACUCCGCUCAAGAAUUGAGCUAAGACGUCGGCGGGUCAACGAUGUUAUAAAACCGCUAGUGAGGGAACAUAACAUCGACCAAAUAAACGUCACUUUAAGGAACCCAACACCACAAGAAGCCAACGUGAGGGACAGAUUGCGAAUGAAAUUCGACCCAAUUGAUUUCGCAAACGUCGACGAAGAAGAGGAGGAGCGCGAGCGAGAAACAGAUAACCAAGAGUCGUCGGCGCCCGCCGCUCAAGAGCCUCCCUCUCAAGAACCCCAGGCGACACAGGACUCCAAGGAACCAGAUUCUUUAGCAGAAGACCCUGAGAAGCAAGAUGCGAAAGAGACAGAACAAGCUAAAGAAAUCCAAGCGUAG